CUUCCUGUUUCUGUCAGCGCGUGUGACUUUAGCUCACAGUGCUUUAGCUAACCUGAGCUAACUUGUGUGGAGGAAAGCAGCUGUGUGAAAAUGUUACUUUUAUCGAACAGGAUAAAGUUUUGUUCUCUGGCGUUCACCGCCGCCCGCAUGUACAGCACCGGCCCCGCAGCCGCCAACAAAAACCCGACAGUUUACUUUGACAUUGCUGCGGACAACGAGCCGCUCGGCAGAGUUACCUUUGAGCUCAACGCAGAUGUUGUUCCAAAAACUGCAGAAAACUUUCGAGCUUUGUGCACCGGAGAACAAGGCUUUGGUUACAAAGGAUCCAUUUUCCACAGGGUGAUCCCUAAUUUCAUGUGCCAGGGUGGAGACUUCACAAAUCACAAUGGAACUGGAGGAAAGUCCAUCUACGGACUCCGUUUUCCUGACGAGAACUUCCAACUGAAGCACACCACACCUGGCAUCUUGUCUAUGGCUAAUGCUGGACCCAACACCAACGGAUCCCAGUUCUUCAUUUGCACCACUAAAACAGAGUGGCUGGACGGCAGGCAUGUUGUCUUUGGCAACGUGAAGGAGGGAAUGGACGUGGUCAAGAAAGUGGAGUCCUACGGCUCCAGGUCUGGGCGAACCUCCAAGAGGAUCACGAUCACAGACUGUGGAGAGCUGCAGUAGACGUUCACAUCUGCUGUAAUUUUUACAGACGGGUCCUUUCUUUAUUCAAGACGCAGAGUACUACCUCGCUUUGACAAAUAAUGAUCACUGGAAUAUGGCGGAAUGAAAAGCUGUUUGUUUUCUUCAGGUAACGAUGAGCAGACUCAACGGUCAUGCUAAAAAUAAAAAAAUGUGAAUUUAUUAAGUUGUAAGUUGGUGGUUUUAGGAGAAUAAUUUGAAAAUUUUGAAAAGGUGGCAUUUAUUUGGGAAUAAUAGUAAUUGUGUAUGUAUGUGAGGUUAUCUUGUAUGUCAAACAUC